UAGCUUGCUGUGAGUGGGAAGCGCCUGGGAGAAAAUGCAUGGGCGCGUCAUGUCCUUUAUCCUGUGAGCAGCUGUCAUGUCAGCAGACUCAGUAUUUCUGUGUCUCCAGAUAUAAUUCAGAGUUCAUUUUGGCCUAGCAGCUCCGAUUCAGUCUGACGCAGGAGGAGAGCCUGGCGAUGGAGCUGCAGCAGGCUGUGAACGGAGCCGAGCAGGAAGAAGAAGAGGUGGCUGUAGAUGUUCAGGUCACUGAUUUACUGAACGCCCUGAUCGCCUUGAAGGUCCCGGAUGAUCUGUUCACCGUCAGCAGUCUGAAGGCCAGCUUUGAGUCCCUGUUCCGUUCAUUUGACCCAGAGGCUCAGUUCCAGUACUUCCGGUCAUUUCGACGGGUCAGGAUUAGCUUCAGAGACGCUCUGGCAGCAGCUGAGGCGAGGCUCAGGCUGAACAAGACGGACUUCAAUGGGAAAGAGAUGAGGCUGUACUUUCCUCAGUCUGUCCACAUUGGGAGUCCUCGUCUGGAGCCUCCAAAGCCAGAGAAGCAGUUCCUCAUCUCCCCUCCAGCCUCCCCUCCAGUCGGCUGGGAACCGUCUUAUGAUGCCACACCAGUCAUCAACUAUGACCUGCUGUGUGCCAUCUCCACACUUGGACCAGGAGAGAAGUAUGAACUUCACACGGCCACGCCCACUACCCCCAGCGUGGUCGUCCAUGUGUGUGAGGAUGAGCAUGCUGGCAGUUCGGCGGCUCCCGACAGUGACCAGGAGGACAAGCCCUGUCCCCCCCAGCCAAAGAUCGUCCAGACUCGACGCCCUGACUACACCCCCAGGGUGGAGCAGUGAACAGUGACCACAACAGAGUGCAAAGUUUUAUCAUGAAGUCAUUGGUCAAGAGCUGACCACGCUCUCACAAAGAUUCUUUGACAGGUUGGGGGAUUUAAGAGCGCCUUCUAGGGAGCAAAGUAUCCUGGCGAGGGGCGUGUCUUCUAAGAUGGAGACAGAAAACUAGCUGCUGAUUGGACUUCUGUCCAAUGGGAACUACAUUAUGAGAGUUUCCUGUUAGAACCAAUUGAGCUUAGCCAACAGAUGAUAUUUAGUGUUUGGGUUGAAGGAAAUGUUAUCGUUGCAUCAUUGUAAAAUCUUUGUCCUCAUCCAGCUUGCCUGAUUUUCCACUUUGGUGAAAUCCAGUGUUAAAUCAGGCCCAGCCUAAAUCAUCCAUUCACUUUAUUGUAUGGUUGCAUUAAUUUCUGAUAUGAACAAAGUGUUGGUCAGCUGACUGGAACUGAAGGAGCGAAUUCUUGCUGCUGAUGAACUCUUUUGUUCUGCUUUGCCAGAUGACUUUGCUACUGUUUCAUCUGAUGACUGAGCUUUACAUAUCUGCUCUGCUGAACCAAGCAGGCACCCUUACUUCCUGUGGCUGCAUUUCCUUCUGCAACAGAAAGCCAAACAGGGGUGGCCUCUUUCCAGAUGGGUGUAUUUAGUGUUGGUAGGUUGGAAAAUCCAGGCUCCAGAAAGCUUGUUUUGUUUCUGCUGGGAUUUUGUGUGAGAUCAUCAUAGGAAUGUUUCCUGCAGCGUCACAGCAUGACUAAAGUAUUCACACCUUCUGACCUUUCAGCUUCACUUCAGAAGAGGGAGAACAAAGUAAAAGUUUUUUUUCUUGAUUAUUAUUAUUAUUAUUAUUAUUAUUAUUAUUAUUAUUAUUAUUAUUAUUAUUAUUAUUAUUAUUAUUAUUAUUAUUAAUAAUAAUAAUAAUGUGGUUGGACCUGGACAGAAUGUGGAGAAGCUCAGUGGGGUGUGAAUACUUUUUUAAACUGUGUGUCCUGCUCUAACUGUUGACAUGUAACAUGUAACUGAAAACACGUUUGCACAGAUGUAAUUUUAGUCAGGGUGUGCAGACCUGAUGUACCCGUGUUGUCUUCAGUGUUAGCAUCGCUUAGUGAAUGGCCAUAACCACCAAGUUGUCUAAUAGCUUCUGAAAAUAUGUUUAUUAAUGACAGAGCUCACACUCUGUAGAGAAUGUUAUUUUCUUUGUUUAAAAAGUGACGGUGAUUAAUGCCUAUAUAAAUGCUGAUCACUUGACAAUGUUAUAUAUGUGCAAGUUACAGGGAGCUCUGGAUUAGCAGCACUGUGAGAAAACAUGUCUACAUUUGAACCCUGCACAAGGCUCUGUGUCUCUAUUGUUUAGUCCUGGUACAUUUAUUUUGAUAAAUAUUACUUACUGUUUGUGGAACAACAAUAAAUAGAAGUUUGACAAACUUCUUCCUGUUA